AUGACGACAGAAGCGCACGCGAGUCACGGAGCGCGGUGGACGACGGCCUUUGGACUGCAGGGAGACGUGCUCACUGCACAGCGGGAGCGCUACGAGAGACUGAAGCAGCACUUGGCGUUUCAGGUCGACGCAACGAAGCUCGCCGAUCCGGCGACUACCGCUCAGGACAUCGCCAGCUCUUCCGGUACUUGCAGUCACAUUUUGAACGACGACGACACGCUGCUCGAGGAGAUCCAGAAGGACUUGGAUCGAUUGCACCCAUCUGGAAACGAGCGCUUCUUUCAGAACGCAGUGUUCAUGAGUACGCUGCGCAACGUGCUCUUGGUCUGGUGUCGGCUGCAUCCCGACGUGGCCUAUCGUCAAGGGAUGCAUGACGUGGUGGCUGUCGUGCUAUACGCGUUGGUGCAGAAUGAGGAGGCAGAUGGAUCGAGGCAGUCAAACGAGGAGACGCUGCCGGAAGGUGUUGAAGCUGACACGUUCUUGCUCUUCGAGGCCGUGAUGCUGUUCGUAAAGCCGUUCUUUGAGCUUGUUGAGACGAGCCAUGAAGCGGUGUAUCGAGGUCCAGGUGGAACGUAUGGACGGAGACUCUUUGCGAGCUUUUCGCUGAGGAAGAAUGGCAGUGGAGCUGGUUCGACCACAGUGCAGUCGUCAGAAACUGCAGAUAGAAAGCACGAACAGCCGGUACUGCACCGAUUGUGUCAUCACAUUCAGUACGAAAUGCUGCAACAGAAGGACCCGCAGUUGUACUACCACUUGAAGAACUUGGAUAUCAUUCCCGAGACAUAUUGUUUGCGAUGGAUUCGCUUGCUCUUUACUCGAGAGUAUGCGCUAGAAGAACUUUUGUACAUCUGGGACGCUUUGAUCCUGGACAAGAAACGAGCGGCGAUUGAGUAUCCCGUGAUCAACAUGACCAACAAGUCGGACAACGAUCUAUUGCAGCUGCCUCGACUGUUAAUGGAAAGCGAGGAAUCGACGUGGACUGGUUUCCCGCUGCUGCGUUAUAUUUGUGUAGCCAGAUUGCUCCAAAUGUCGACACAGCUGCGCCAGUCAGACAACACUGACUGCUUGCGUCUCCUUAUGCAUGCGUACCAAGAUGAAGAUAGUGAUAGCUCUGACUCGGAGCGACAAAAUCGGGCUGCAGCAUUCACGCGGUUUGCCAAGAUAUUGCAAGACCCGAUGACUGAGGAAACGGAAGAAAUGGGUAUCGGCAUUGAUGCAAAUGAACCAAAACAGAGCGCAAGUCCUGCAGCAGGAUCCAAUGUCGUGAAAGUUGUCUCGUUUCGAGAAGGUUUGCUCGGCCUCGUCUUGACAGCAGCAGGUGCGCCGUACGAGAAGCGACUGGCGGUGAAAGCUUUUAUGAGAGAUCCGACCGCAAGCAGUGGGGUAGGACAAGCCGAAGCUAGUCGGAAAGUUUGCCCAGGCGACCUUCUGCAAUCGAUCAAUGGUGUACCGAUUGUUGGAGUGACAACGGAGGAAGUAAAGCGCCACCUCCAGCUCCUUGAUCGCCCAUUCUACAUUGCUUUCCGUCGUUGCACUGAUGCCAUCGGCGAAGAUGCUGGCAGUACCUGGGGGAACACCAACACAGCUGAAUCUCCCGAUGCCCCAAGCUCUUUGACAGAGUCGGAUACAGCAUCGUCCGAAGUGAAGCAACCUCCAUUCUUGCCUGGUGAAUUAUGCUACGCCAACGCCAACGCGAGUAUGCAACGACUCCUCUUGUCUCACGAUGGAUCAUGCCAAUCACACUACAUCAGCGGGAAGCUGUUUAUCACAAACUACCGCUGUUUGUUCACGCAUUUGCUUGGUGAUGGAGAAAUUAAAUGGCAAGUUCCCGUGCUUUCCAUCGCCUCGAUUGAUCGCAUCGACUCGAAGGCAGGCUCAACAGGGGCAACUUCCAGCAGUCUCCUAGUGGAAAAUGCCCAAGCUGCUCUCGGUUUCACCCCUGAUGUCUCGUCCAAGGUCGUGAUCCGCUGCAAGGAUACUCAGGUGGCGCGACUGUCGAUUGCAGACCACAGCGAAUAUAAAAUGCUUGUCAAGUGUCUAAGCUUCCUGGCUUUUCCGAAGAGCCUGUUAGAUGCCUUUUGCUUCGCCUAUUCUCCGACUGUGCCGCCUUCCGACAAAGCUCAAUUUGAUAUUCGCCAGGAGUAUAAGCGUAUCGGACUGCUGUCAAUUCCAGAUCAUCUACGUUGCAUCGACCAAUCUUCGGGAUACGCACUCUGCAGCACGUACCCGCGGUAUCUAAUCGUGCCUGCUGGCAUUGCAGACGUUCGUCUAAAGGCAGCAGCAGCAUUCCGGUCACACCAGCGAUUGCCUGUGGUAAGCUGGAUCCACCGCAGCAACGGAGCCACGAUUGUUCGCUCCAGCCAACCGCUUGUGGGCUUGAAAUCUGCGCGCAGCGAUGAAGACGAGCUCCUUGUUUGCCUUUUGUGCAGCUCGAGCAACAAGCAGGCGCUCGGACGUUAUGUGAUCAUGGAUGCACGCAGUCAACUGGCUGCCGUGGGCAACAAGGCGCUCGGUAAAGGCACUGAGGUCUCGAGCAACUACCCUGGCGCAAAGCUCAUUUUUAUGAACAUUGACAACAUCCACUCGGUCCGGCAAUCUCAAGCCGCAAUUGCAGCAGUCUUUGAGUCGAAGAAGAGUGCAAACGAGGAUACAUCCAGUAGCUUUUACGGGCGUGUUGACGCUUCAGGUUGGCUACGCCAUGUCCGCCUCGUGCUGAAGGCAUCGGUUGAUCUCGCACACACCGUGCACAAUGGCACGUCUGUGCUGACACACUGCAGUGACGGGUGGGACCGCACGGCGCAGAUGGUAGCAUUGGCUGAGUUGAUGCUUGAUCCAUAUUACCGCACGCUCCGUGGUUUGCAGGUGCUCGUGGAGAAGGAGUGGUGUUCUUUCGGACAUCAAUUUGCCUUGAGGAGCGGCCAUGCUCGCAGCGACGCGUCGAAUGACCAGCGUUCGCCCGUGUUUUUGCUCUGGCUGGACUGUGUGUGGCAAUAUCUUCGCCAGUAUCCGACCGAGUGCGAGUUCAACGAGAGUUUUCUGCUCACUCUUGCCGACCACGUCUACUCGUGCAAAUUUGGCACGUUCAUGUUUGAUUGCGAACGGCAACGAAACGAUUUUUUUGCCAAGCACCGGGUGUUUUCCAUCUGGAGCGAAGUCAACAGCCACAGCGAUCGCUUCGUGAAUCCCAUGUACGCGCCCAGCGAGCACGUGACGUUGUUGUCGCCUAGUACGCUUUCCAAGAACAUCAAACUCUGGAAGGGCUACUUUUGCCGCUGGGACCCCACCAUCAUCCCUCCCGUGCCGUCUUUUCAGUAUUACUGA